GCGUUUUGAGAUUAUUGAAAAGUCAACAGAUUCAACGCAAGUACAGCCCAUGUCCUGAGGCGUAGCUAACGGGCCGAAAACCCAUCAGAGAAAGGGGUUUUGGAGUGAGAAACAAUGAUGAUGAUGAUGGUGAAGUUGUUGAUGUUUCUUAGCUUUGGUGGAUUGUCAAUGUGUGAGGUGUUUCUUGUUGGAGACGAAGAGGGCUGGAACUCUGGCAUCAAUUUUGCUACCUGGUCUCAAAACCACAACUUCACCAAAGGAGAUUUUCUAGUUUUCAAUUAUGCAAAGAGUGUACACAAUGUGUAUGAAGUUACUGAGGAAACAUUCAGAUCAUGCGAGACAAGUAAUGGAGUAUUGGGUGAAUACGAGAGUGGAAACGAUCAAAUUGAGCUGAAAGAAGCAAGGAAGUAUUGGUUCAUAUGCAAUGUGGCUGGUCAUUGCUUGGGCGGAAUGAGGUUUGGAAUUGAUGUCAAACAACCCAAUUCUACGAGCCAUCUCCCACCUAGUCCAGUUCAAUCUCCUCCCCCACCCACUAACCAUGGCUCUAACCAUGGAAGCUAUGCAAUAUGGAGCACUUUUAUGUGUAUUAUAGCAUUUCAAACUCUGUUCGUUUGACAUGUCGAUAUUCAUCGUUCGAUUUCUCCUUUUUAGAACAGUGUUGGUAAUACAGUUUGGAGAUUUGAGUUCUUGACUUGCAACAGGAAAAUGUUACUGAUGUCUUAACUGUUUCGAGGGUUGUUCAAAUUUGUUACUUUUGACCGUCGUUGAAUGAAUACGAGAUUUGAGUUCUUGACUUGCAA